AUGGCUCAGGACCUUGGAAUAGUUUUGAUCGAAAUCGAAACUUUCAAAUUCUACGUACAGGUCGGCCAGCGUCUCAUUUGCUAUCACGACCUAGAUGGCAUAUUGACCCUCUACACUGCAGCUGCUGCCGUGACCCUAUUAAUAUGUGACUACCUUCAAACCCUUGGUUUCGAAGAUAUGGUUCACCACGAAGCUUUCGCUCGGGAAAAUUCUCUUCCUGAUGUCGCGAUACACAGCGCUCAUAGAUGCACCUUUAAUGUUACUCGUUCAAACCAACCGAGGACUUUUAUCCCCGAGCCUGCCCGGUCACCCCUGCCCGGAUUGGACUGUGUAUACAUUUCUCCUUCAGAGUCGUUCGACGGCGUAGCGAUUUGUUACUGCAUUCUACUUGCCGGGGAGUUGUGCAUCGCGGUUUUAGGUGUCACCGUUGGAUUCAAAGACUUCUUACGGACGAAGAGCUCCCUUGCCAGAACUAUGUACCGAGACGGCACUUGGUACUACAUCACACUGCUAGGUUUGUCAACCUUGAAUGUUGCAGCUCCUUAUACGAAACCAGUAAUGUCGAUCCUCCCUGAAGCUUCCGCCCGAGUAAUCUGA